AACCUACAGGCCGGCCAUAUUAGAGAGAUGGAAAUAAAGCUUCCUUCAUGUUGUCUGUGUCUUUGAAGUACACUUGUGCAUUUUUCUUAGCACCUGACAAGCCCUCCCCCGUGGCCCUCAAACCACCCUGUCCCACCUCCCGACUGACAUCAGUCUCUGAAAAUGCACAGAGAUGCCUGGCUCCCUCGCCCUGCCUUCGGCCUCACGGGGCUCAGUCUCUUUUUCUCUUUGGUGCCAUCAGGGCGGGGCAUGGAGGUCACAGUGCCCACCAUCCUCCACGUGCUCAACGGCUCGGACGCCCGCCUGCCCUGCACCUUCAACUCCUGCUACACCGUGAACCACAAGCAGUUCUCGCUGAACUGGACCUACCAGGGGUGCAGCAACUGCUCUGAGGAGAUGUUCCUCCAGUUCCGCAUGAAGAUCAUCAACCUGAAGCUGGAGCGGUUCGGAGACCGCGUGGAGUUCUCGGGGAACCCCAGCAAAUACGACGUGUCCGUGACGCUGAGAAACGUGGAGCCCGAGGACCAGGGCUACUACAACUGCUACGUCACCAACCCCCCCGACCGCCACCGCGGCCACGGCACAAUCCACCUGAGGGUCCUCAUGGAAGAGCCCCCCGAGCGGGACUCCACGGUGGCAGUGAUCGUCGGCGCCUCCGUGGGGGGCUUUCUGGCCGUGGUCAUCUUGGUGCUGGUGAUCGUGAAGUGCGUGAGGAGGAAGAAGGAGCAGAAACUGAGCACGGACGACCUGAAGACGGAGGAGGAGGGCAAGACCGAUGGUGAGGGCAACGUGGACGAGGGCGCCAAGUAGCUGCAGCCGGCGGCCCCUCCCUCGCGUCCGUCCUUCCCGUCUCUGCCUUGUACAGUGUGCCCUGCCUGCCCUCUCUUGGUGUGCUUCUCCCAAACCAGGGUCCCAGGGCCAGCCUGGCGCCUCCUGAACCCCUCACCUUGCAUCCCCACACCGCACCGAGAGGAACCCACCUGUUCCAUUUGAGAAACCGCCACGCGUACGGGAUGUGGGCCCCGGGGGAGGAGAAGUAGG